CAUGUCUGCACAACAGGGCAGACAAAAAGAUGAGGAUGAGGAGUUACUGUGUUUGGCCACUGCAGCACUUACAGACGUAGUGAUUCCUGAGAGCCCUGAAGCUUAUAUAAAACUAACAGAAAACACAUUGAGGUCCUCCUCUGGUGAAGCAGUUCGAUUAUUAGACAAUAUAAUGGACACCAGCCACUACAGCCUCCAGCAGACAGAUGGCACUAUGGGUGGCCAUGACACCUCUCACAUGGGCUAUUCCGCUGAUUCAGAUCACAAAGAGAGAGAAAACCUGGUGCUAUGGCAAAAGAUGACCUCUGACCUGGACGCCAUGGAGGCGUGGCUCGGACAGGCUGAGGCGGAGUUAGAAGAACUGAGAAGGAAAGAUCUCAGUGCAGAUAUACACACUAUUGAGCAGAGGAUUAGAAAACUCCAGGAGUUAGAGAAGGCAAUGGAUUCCCAUAAGUCCAAAGUACUGUCCAUCAACUUAAAACAGCGGUAACACUACUCCAGUCAG